GCGGAGUCACGGCAGUAGGUGCGGUAAAGAGGUUGAGGGGUUUACACGCAGGCUGAGGAAAUUUUCUGAUAAUAGUUCAUCAAAACAGCAGUUUGCCACUUGGGAAACGAGUCAGACGGAACCGAGAAGACUUUAAAGCAGCUAAGUAUUUGAACGGCUACGUUAGGUCGAAAGAAAUUGACGUUUUUGGAGCGAGAAACUAUUUACAUAACCUUCUUUCCCGGUACUCGCGGCGGGGAGCAGCCGGUCUUGCCACGGUGUCUGACGGUUAAGAGCAGCACCAAGUGCUUCAAUUUACAGGCCAGGCGGUUACUCUGCUAUUCAGUUAUAGUUUUAGGCAAGUUACCAGAGUGCGAGCCCAACAGAGCUUUUUAGUUUAUGUAUAUCUGUAAAUGGGUUUUUUAACCAUUCAGAAAAACAAGUUAUACAACAAGAGUCCUGCUUGUCAGUGAACCGGGUCCUAACGCCCGCCGUAUACGCAGCCAUAUUGCCGGGGAGCGCGUGCUGUCUCGUGCCCAAAUGGUUCUGUGGUCAUUGGUCUCUGAAAGUGUCGACAUUAUGGAAAAGGUUCUGUUAGAGCAAGGUUAAUAGAAGUGCAGGACUGCAUUAGAGAAAAGUAAGCGGUUGCAUGCUGAAACAGCAUACUGCCGCUUUUAUUAAUAUUAGCUGAAUUUCCAAGUGUCCUUGUUUUUUCCGUUUUUUUCCCCUUGGAAAUACUUUGAAAAACACUGACUCGGGAGUGAUCACUAAAAGACUGCUGAUAUCAUUCAAAAAGGAAAAGGACUCAUCCAGUUGAGUAAUGGUCAUUAAUACGAUCCACUGGUUCAGGAAGGGCUUGCGGCUCCACGACAACCCGUCGCUCAAAGAAUCUCUGCUGGGAGCGGAUACUGUCCGUUGUGUCUACAUCCUCGACCCCUGGUUUGCCGGAUCUUCCAACGUUGGGAUCAACAGGUGGAGGUUCUUACUGCAGAGUCUUGAGGAUUUGGACUCCAGCCUCCGUAAACUCAACUCUCGCUUGUUUGUGAUUCGAGGCCAACCCACUGAUGUCUUUCCCAGACUGUUCAAGGAGUGGAAAAUUAAUCGUCUGUCUUAUGAGUACGACUCUGAGCCCUUUGGGAAAGAGCGAGAUGCAGCUAUUAAGAAACUGGCCUCUGAGGCUGGAGUGGAGGUGACAGUUUGCAUCUCCCACACGCUCUAUGACCUGGACAAGAUCAUAGAGCUAAAUGGAGGGCAGUCCCCUCUCACCUACAAGCGUUUCCAGACCUUGAUCAGCCGUAUGGAUGCAGUUGAGGUACCUGCAGAGUCCAUCACAGCUGAGAUCAUGGGGAAAUGCUCUACGCCACUUUCUGAAGACCACGAUGACAAGUUUGGAGUUCCCUCCCUGGAGGAGCUGGGUUUUGAUACUGAAGGUCUGUCCUCAGCUGUGUGGCCAGGGGGAGAGACUGAAGCCCUCACUCGUCUAGAGAGGCAUUUGGAGAGAAAGGCGUGGGUGGCAAACUUUGAGCGUCCCAGAAUGAACGCCAACUCGCUGCUUGCCAGCCCUACAGGCCUCAGCCCCUACCUGCGCUUUGGCUGCCUCUCCUGCCGACUCUUCUACUUCAAACUCACUGACCUGUACAGAAAGGUCAAGAAAAACAGCUCCCCUCCUCUGUCGCUGUAUGGUCAGCUGCUGUGGCGUGAAUUCUUCUACACAGCAGCAACCAAUAACCCUUGUUUUGACAAGAUGGAAAGCAACCCCAUCUGUGUUCAGAUCCCUUGGGACCGUAACCCUGAGGCACUGGCAAAGUGGGCAGAGGGCCGUUCUGGCUUCCCCUGGAUUGAUGCCAUCAUGACCCAGCUCAGGCAGGAGGGCUGGAUCCACCAUCUUGCCCGACACGCAGUGGCCUGUUUCCUGACCAGAGGGGACCUGUGGAUCAGCUGGGAGGAGGGCAUGAAGGUGUUUGAGGAGCUACUGCUGGAUGCAGACUGGAGUGUCAAUGCAGGCAGUUGGAUGUGGCUUUCCUGCAGCUCUUUCUUCCAGCAGUUCUUUCACUGCUAUUGCCCUGUGGGUUUCGGCCGACGUACAGAUCCUAAUGGAGACUACAUACGGCGCUACCUGCCCAUUCUGAGGGGGUUUCCAGCCAAGUAUAUUUAUGAUCCCUGGAACGCACCAGAGAGUGUGCAAAAGGCAGCCAAGUGUAUUAUUGGAGUACAUUACCCCAAGCCCAUGGUGCACCAUGCAGAGGCCAGCCGCAUCAACAUUGAACGGAUGAAACAGAUCUACCAGCAGCUGUCCUGUUACAGGGGCCUCGGCUUGUUGGCUACAGUUCCAUCCAACUCUAAUGGUAAUGGUAAUAGCAGUGGUAAUGCUAAUGGAGACGUGUCCUCGGAUGUGAUGGGAUUCACUGUCGAGGCCACACACGAUGCUGCGGCUCGAUCUGGAUAUCAAAUGCCAGUUCAUUCCCAAGGAGACUGGCAAAGCGGUGUCAUGAUGUACCUACAGGGUGAUCCACAAGCACACAUCGCCACACACCAACAGGCUCCAGGUUAUGCAGGGACCAGUACCAGUAUGAUGUGUUACAGUCAAGGCACUCAGGAGAUGACUGGCUCUGCAAUUCCAAAAGGGCCUGAACAUCACUCCACCACUCAGAUUAGUGGGAAACGAAACAGUGAGGACUCUGGAAACACCAAAGCCUCUAAAGUCCAGAGACAGAGUAGCCACUAGAAAGGAGUAAUUUCUGGCUUGGUGUCUGUCAUACUAUAUACACAGCCACACCACAAUGGAUGUUGAGACUUACAUUUUUUGUUACAACACUGCACAGUUGCAUGCACCUGCCUUCAGGAGUAAGGAUGAACCCCUCAUAAAACACACAAUUCACAAGUUUCUAAACUAAUCAGACUGGAUAUCAUCAUGUGGACUGCAUGGCCCAGCCAGUGCUGACAUCCUGGCAGUGUUAUGGCACUGAAGAGGCUGUUACACUGUGCUUAUCUUUGGGUUAAUAUUGCCAGGACGAAAGUCUUUGUGUAUAUAAUGAAUUUGCUAAUUUUGGCUCACAUACAACUUGUAUAUAUUUGGAUAUUGUAUGUGUUUUCUUUCUUUGUGUAGCCAUAGACCCAUUGAUAUAUUUUUGAUAUGAGAAAUCAUUGUGCAUGGAUUUUUUUUCUUUUUGGAAAUUUUCAAUAAAAUUUUAAACAUUUAUAGUCCAUCCAUUCUAAAAAAUAAAUAAAUAAAUAAAUGUGAGAUGUUGUUCUUUGUUAAUACAGCUGCCUAUCCUUACACAUGUUCUAGUUUACCCCUCCCCGUUUCUCCUUGUGAGCUGUCCAAUUUAUCAGCAGAGGUGUUGUGAUCAUUUCCUCUCUCUAUCUCAGUACUACCUGACUUCUUUUAUUCCUUACCACUAUGGUGGCAAUAUCUGUAUGACAUUACUAUCAGUUCUUUGUCCUUGUCAGUGGUUAUUGAGAAGAGAUCACAGGAUUACAGACUUCAUAUCAUAGUGUCCCCUUGUAUCAACCCCAAUAAAUGUACCACUGAGAAGAACUGUUUCACAUGCUUCUUGUUCCUACUCAUUGUGCUUGUUGAAUUAAACCUGGGUUGAAUAUGA